UCUUUACUGGCACAGCUUCCUCUUAGUCUUCCUCAUAAUGUAUGCUUUCAAGCUUUAAAGUGGUGUUUCAGUUUUGGAUGUGAAGAUGGGACAUACUUUGUUCUGUGUGCUGGGGUUAUUCUUGCUGAAUACACUCCUCCACUCUGGACAUGCUGAAGCAAAUAAAACCAAACCUGUCCUCACUGUGUCUCCAUCCUGGCUGAGUCCUGGAGCCUCAGUAACUCUGAGCUGCAGUGUUAAAGAUCCAUCUGCAGGAUGGAGGUUCUUCUGGUAUAAAGCUGUUCCCAAACUAUCAGGCAACUACUACGACCAAGAGCUGCUACCUGGCAGAAGCAACGGGACUGAACAGGAUUCCUUCAUUGUUCGUGAACAGACACACACAGCAGGAUAUAAGUGCAGAGCUGGAAGAGGAGAUCCAGUGAACUACACUAAUUAUAGUAACACUAUGUUUGUCUGGUCUAAAGAUUUUCAUCCAGCAACAGUCAGAGUGAGUCCUGACAGAGAGCAGCACUUUUCCUCUGAGCCUGUCUCACUGAGCUGUGAGGGAAACUCUUCUAAGUGGAGAGUGAGGAGGUUCACUAAAGCCGGCCAUCUGUCAAACUGUUCUAAGUGGGGAACAAUGACUGGAUCCACAUGCAACAUCAACGAACUUCCAAACAAAACUGCAGUGUACUGGUGUGAGUCUGAAUCAGCUCAAUUCAGUAACGCGGUCAACAUCACCGUACAAAGACCUGAAGACUCUUCAUUUCUUCUGCAGUUGAUUGUUGGGCCAGUUUGUGGAAGUUUACUGAUUAUUCUCCUGCUGCUGUUGUGUUGCUACAGAAAGUCAAAGGAUUCAAAUUUUGCCAGGACCCCACAGAGAACCAAUCCGGGCUCUGCUCCAGAUCAAGUGGUUUACCAGAAUGAAACUACAGUGCACUCUCUCAUCUGCAUGGUCAGCCUUAAAAAUGAUCCAGAUCCAUUUAUCAUUUCAUGUUUAUGA